AUGUUCGUAUUCUUCUUGAUGAUUUUGUUGGUGCACGCCGAUGCGCUGUGCAGGGUAUCGGAGGGAGUGGUCCAGUGCCGGGACUGGAGAGAGUUUGAGACGGGAAAUCAUCUGAUGGCAAACUUUGUCAUAUUGGAGCGAGUAGGGGGGGAGAUCAAUGUGCAGGAGUACCCAGUGUUGAGCCGUCUACUCGUCCACGACCCUCAGACCAAGUGUGAUGCCAUCAAACCAAACACCUGGACGACGAUCCAGAUAGGAUCCCACACUUGUCAGAACGGCCAGCAGAGCAGUUGGGUCACCGAGAAGAUAACCUCUACCACACUCAGGACCAUGGAAAUGACAGCCAUAGCAUUCAAGAAACCUUGGAUAUAUGCUAUCCUUGGAGGGAUAAGUGUAGUGGUUGUCAUUUUUUCUCUGAUGAUUGUUUGCGCUAUCAAAAGAAAGUGUCUAAGAAGACGGGUGGACAUUGAGAUCGAGUCCCAGUCACUUACAGAAUUUGAUGCAGUUGUCAUGAGGGACUUUAAAAACCAUUUACUCUUCAGUGAUGUAUCAACUGGCACUGUGUGUGAGGAGUCGAAGAGUCAACAAUGCACCUCGCCCAGUGCGACCCCCCACACCUCCACCAGCCAUGCCAGCUCCUCAACUCGAACCGCUCCGUCGCUCAACCAGCCAGAGGCGCCCACCCAACAGACUAAUCUACUGAUUCCAUAUCUGAUUUGUUCAACCUGCAUACCUCCUUUUGUGUUAAAUGAUAAACUUUUUAAUAUGUUGGCUCCUCUGAUAUUCUUUAUGCAUUGA